UGGAGCCGCCGCGCCGUCAGUCACCAAGCCGAAUCCCAGCGCCAGCGGGAGGAAGCGGGGAGCCCGGGGCGCCGCCAGCCCGCGGCCCCCGCCCCGGCCGCGGGGCAUGGGAGCCCGCUAGCCGAUUCGCACCAGGUCACCACGCCGGGCAGGAUCCACCAAGGACAGCGAAGCCCCGUGAGCCGGCGGAGAAGCGCGGCCCGCUCGCCCCCGGCUGCAGCCCCGCCAGGGCCCUCCCCCGGCGGCGCGCGCUCGGGCGCGCACACACCAAACACCUUUCCAGGGCUCCUGCCGGGCCUCGCCUGCUCCCCGCCGCCGCACAAUCCCCGGGGGCGCGAUCAUGGGAAACAACUUCUCCAGCAUCGCUUCUCUGCCUCGAGGAAACACCGGCCGGGCGCCGCGGGCUCACCCUCAGAACCUCAAAGACUCCAUCGGGGGCCCCUUCCCUGUCACCUCUCACCGAUGCCACCACAAGCAGAAGCACUGCCCGCAGGUGCUGCCUGGCGGGGGGCUCCCUGCCACGCCACUACUCUUCCACCCCCACACCAAGGGCUCCCAGAUUCUCAUGGACCUCAGCCACAAGGCGGUCAAGAGGCAGGCCAGCUUCUGCAAUGCCAUCACCUUCAGUAACCGCCCGGUGCUCAUCUAUGAGCAAGUCAGGCUGAAGAUCACCAAGAAGCAGUGCUGCUGGAGCGGAGCGCUGCGGCUGGGCUUCACAAGCAAGGACCCAUCCCGGAUCCACCCCGACUCGCUGCCCAAGUACGCCUGCCCCGACCUGGUGUCCCAGAGUGGCUUCUGGGCCAAGGCGCUGCCUGAGGAGUUUGCCAACGAGGGCAACAUCAUCGCCUUCUGGGUGGACAAGAAGGGCCGCGUCUUCUACCGCAUCAAUGACUCUGCUGCCAUGCUCUUCUUCAACGGGGUCCGCACGGCCGACCCGCUCUGGGCCCUGGUGGAUGUCUAUGGCCUCACACGGGGGGUCCAGCUGCUAGACAGCGAGCUGGUGCUCCCGGACUGCCUGCGGCCGCGUUCCUUCACGGCGCUGCGGCGGCCUUCGCUGCGGCGCGAGGCGGACGACGUGCGCCUCUCGGUGAGCCUGUGCGACCUCAACGUGCCCGCUGGCGACGGCGACGGCGACGAGGGCGCGCCCGCCGCCGGCUGCCCGAUCCCGCAGAACUCGCUCAACUCUCAGCACAGCCGCGCGCUGCCCGCGCAGCUCGACGGCGACCUGCGCUUCCACGCGCUGCGCGCGGGCGCGCACGUCCGCAUCCUGGACGAGCAGACGGUAGCGCGCCUGGAGCACGGGCGCGACGAGCGCGCGCUGGUCUUCACCAGCCGGCCCGUGCGCGCGGCCGAGACCAUCUUCAUCAAGGUCACGCGCGCGGGCGGCGGGGGCGGCUCGCGGCCCGGCGCGCUCUCCUUCGGCGUCACCACGUGCGACCCCGGCACGCUGCGGCCCGCCGACCUGCCCUUCAACCCCGAAGCCCUGGUGGACCGCAAGGAGUUCUGGGCCGUGUGCCGCGUGCCCGGGCCUUUGCACAGCGGCGACAUCCUGGGCCUGGUGGUCAACGCCGACGGCGAGUUGCACCUGAGCCACAACGGCGCGGCCGCGGGCAUGCAGCUGUGCGUGGACACCUCGCAUCCACUCUGGAUGUUCUUCGGCCUGCACGGCGCCAUCACGCAGGUCCGCAUCCUCGGCUCCACCAUCUUGGCUGAGCGGGGUGUCCCAUCGCUGCCCUGCUCCCCUGUCUCCACACCAACCUCACCCAGUGCCCUGGGCAGCCGCCUCUCAGACCCGAUGCUCAGCACAUGCAGCUCUGGACUUCUGGGUAGCUCUGUUGGUGGGACGGCCCCCAGUUCCCCAGGGAGCCUGCCUGAUUCUCCCCUGAGCCCAGGCGGGGCCCACUGGAGCUCUGAGUGCACCAUUUGCUAUGAACACGCGGUGGACACGGUCAUCUACACGUGCGGUCACAUGUGCCUCUGCUACGCCUGCGGCCUACGCCUCAAGAAGGCUCUACACGCCUGCUGUCCCAUCUGCCGCCGCCCCAUCAAAGACAUCAUCAAGACCUACCGAAGUUCCUAGCCCAUCUCUGUAGGCGUGAGGCCCAUGCCAGCUGAGGACUAGGCCCAAAGGGCCUCUUCUCUUCUUCCAUUGGGAACUCUUUCUUCUUUCCUAUUUAUCAUGGGAAACUGAGGCCCUGAAGGUUUGGGCUGAGAGGGGCCAGGAAGGAGGGAGGGCAGAAGCACAUCACAGGCAGAGGCCAUACCCCGCCUUUUCUUUUCUGUACCCAGCUCUUCCCCGCAUGUUGAGGGGCGACACUGGGGUCUCAGCCUGUUGCAGUCCCUCUCCUCCUAGGAGGCUCUUGUGGUCCGUGUGGGCUCCUUGGCGAGAAUUAGAAAAUGCCUGCCUUCUUCGGGGUGCUCCUGAGUUGGGGCACUGGCUAGGGGAGUCGGGACUGGAUAUCAGCAUCAUCUGCUCCUUCAGCCCGCUGCCACUGAGCAGCGCACAACCUGUCCAACAGGCCCUGGGCGCGCAGCUCCUGAGGGGUGUCUCACUACGCCUGUGCUCUCUUCCUUUGCUUUUCUGUGUAUCGGGCCUGGCAGCAGACUCCUCUCACCCAGGCACCUGCAGCCUCUAUGCCGUGUGUCUCCCCCCAUCCCGGUUGUAGAGAGCUCCAGGCCGUGUGUGCCUGGCUCCAGGCUCGGCUGCCAUGGGCAGGACCCCUGCUGGGUAUAGCCUUCUGCCACAAUCAUCUCGCUGGGUGCGGUUGCCCAGAGAUGCCCUUUGGUAUGGGCUGGGGUGAGUCUGUCUGCUGGCAGAGUCUCUAAGAACAAUCUGCAGCGCCCCCUGCCCCCCCCCCCGGCCUCUGUUCCCACAUCUCAGUGCCCACCUGGGCCUAGGCCUGGGCAAAGCCUCAGAAGCCAUCAUAUGCCAGGAAAGAGCCAGGGUCCCAGCGGGAGGGUUCCCUGGGCUAGGAGCAGCCCUUUUCCUUAUUUUUAUUUAUUUAUUUAUUUGGUCCACGGGUUUUUUUGGGUGAGCCUAGAUCCCUGGGGCUCUUAGAACCUCUGCCAUAUAUGUGGGGUACCUGGUAAGGGGCAGCAGAGAGAAUCGUCACUCAAAAUCCUCUCCGUGCACCAGCCACAAGACCCAUGGCCACCUGGCUGGGUUGGAACGUCCCCCAAAGGGGCCAGGCUGGAGGCCUGCUGGAGUCUGUCCUGCCAAGAGGUGGUGGAGCACUCGUAGCUACACAGUGCUCCUCCUCCCAGGGGCGGGAUCUGGAGUGCCAAAGGGGCCUCAGGUGGCCGGAAGUCUCCCCCCCCCAUGAAGACUUCAAGGGUCCUGGGAAGGCUGAGGGGACCCCGUGUGAGCUGGGGAGUGGUUUGGGGCCCUUGUCAUAGGGGCCUCAGCUCCCCACUGCUCUUAGGAAAGGUGCUGCCUGCUUGUAGCACCUCUAGGGGCUGCAGGAUGAGUGGGGGGGGGGGGGUGCCCUUACUGCCAUUCAGUGAAGGCCUCAGCCUUCCCAGCCCAGUCCAAGCCAGUGUGGAAUCUUGGCCUUGACUCUCCAGCCUCCCAGCCCCUUUCCCCAGGUGGCUUGUUUUGCGCCCUUGGAGGAAGUUUUCUCCUGUGACCAGCAGGGCUGGGGUUCUAGUCCUGACUAUGAACUAGUCAUGUGGCCCUGGUCCGGUGGUCACCCUCUGACUCUGGCUUCCUCCUGCAAAAAGCAGUGGUUUGGGGAUGGGGCAGACUUUAUGGCCCUUGGGGGAGGCCCAGGGACCAGGAACCUAGCUCUGGCAAAGGCCCGAGGGGCUGUGGGAAGUCACCUCUUCAUGGCCCUAGGAAACCUAGCUAGUGAAUGGCCCUAUCCAUCUGGGGGGUCCCCUCCCCAAGGCAAAGAGUAGUCUUAGAUGGAGGGGCUGCCUGGCCAGCGGAAGAUGGAGGAAAACAAGCCAUUGUCUAUCCUGUUAGCGCCGGGGCGGCCAUCAUCAACUUUGUAAACUCUGGGUUGCUGUGAUUGUGAAUAAAGGUGAUUUCGUACCAGCUGGCGGGCAGGGGGGAGGUCUGUGUGUAUGUGUGGGCCCGCGUGUCUUUAGGUGGCCCUGGGCACACCUGAGAUCCCGAGGGCCGAAACAAUCAGGUAAGGAAGGUUCCCUGGUGUCAGGGUCUUGUGCAUGACCUGGGGUCCACAGCAGAAGCUGCAGUUCCCAUCGACACAGGCCACUGGGUCUGUGAGAACAGGGAGUGAUGGGGUGGGAGCAGUGGGAGGCCAUGAGGAGGUUGGGCAUCCUUCAGGACUGAGCAGGCCCAACUUGGACAGAUUGUGAGGUGGGCGGCGACACCUAGAGGCUGGAGAGGGAAACUACAGGCCUUCCUUCUGGUCACCAGGGACUGGAGCUCAGCUGUGUUCCCACUCACUGGU